AACAUCCUUUUCUUGGUCCCUAAAUUUGAGUUCUAGCUCGUUAUUUUGAGGAUAAAGAGUGAUUAAAUCUUGGCCAACGUGGCUGAACACUAUCGCAGCAGCUAAAAAUGCUCGAGAGUAUUACAGACAUGGUUCUUUUUGCCGCUCAAGUUUAUGCUUCCAUCAGAAGUGGCUCCUUAGCUAUAGUUGCGUCCACAUUAGACUCCCUUCUCGAUCUCUUGUCCGGCUUCAUCCUCUGGUUCACCGCAUUCUUAAUGUCAACAUCGAACUCGUAUCAGUAUCCGAUCGGAAAGAGACGAAUGCAGCCUGUGGGUAUCCUUGUUUUUGCCUCUGUCGUGGCAACUCUUGGACUGCAGAUAAUCUUGGAGUCCGUUCGGAAAAUGGUAUCAGAUGAGGAUGAAUUCAACCUGACAAUCGAGCAAGAGAGGUUGGUUGUUGGCAUAAUGCUCGGAGUGACCUUGGUAAAGCUUCUCGUGUUUUACUACCGUGCAUUUACCUACGAAAUCGUUAAAGCUUAUGCUCGGGAUCACUUCUUCAAUGUUAUGAAGAACAUCGUCGGCCUUGUUGCCAUGCUACUCGCUAAAUACAUCGAUGACCGGAUGGACCCUGUUGGGGCUAUCAUUUUGGCUUUGUACACGAUCCGGACAUGGUCCAUGACGGCAUUAGAGAAUGUGAACUCACUGGUGGGAAGAUCAGCAGGUCCAGAAUACCUUCAGAAACUAACCUAUCUGUGUUGGAACCACCAUAAGGCCAUAAAAAACAUCGACACUGUCCGAGCUUACUCCUUCGGGUCUCACCAUUUCGUCGAAGUCGAUAUCGUACUCCCGGAGAACAUGGCAUUGCAAGAAGCUCAUGACAUUGGAGAAUCCUUGCAAGAGAAACUGGAGUUACUGCCUGACAUCGAGCGAGCUUUUGUUCAUUUGGAUUACGAGUUCAGUCACAAACCUGAACAUGAACAGGCACAUGCUCUGUAGACUUUAGGUGGCCACUGACUUAAAAGAAACAGAUCCGUUGAACUAGAAACCGAUGGUUUGUCCUGUCUGACUAGUGUGUUAGAACCUAUGAUUAGUGACACAGAUUGAAAAUUGGGUAGGAACCAUAAUGGAUGUUUCUACCAACAAAUUCUAAAGCAUAUGAAUGGUUGGAGCCCCAGGUUUGGUAUAGUUUCAUAUUACUGACCAUUGGUAUCUAAUAGGUGAAUGACAUAUGCAUUAAUAUUGCAGAUAUAU